CCAAAGGCAGUCGCCAGUCGUCCGCCAGUUCUCCACGGAGCAAUCACAGCCGGAUUGCAGUCGGUCGCCUUUUGGGAGAGAGCAAAACUGUUUGUAAUCCAGGCAGACAGUCCUGACAGACAGACAAGGCAAAUAUGUCGUCCUGUGAUGAGAAGACAGCGCUGCUGGCAUCGCAGCAAGGACACCAGCAGAGCCAGCACAUCAUUGUUGUGCCAUCGUCGCAUCCAAAGGAUUAUGGGCCCAUUUUCACAACUGCUGACUACUCGUUCGGUCUGACGCUGGAGGAACUGCUGCCCUUCGCCCUGGAUCCCUGGUGGCAGAGUGUGCGGCGCCUGUGUUCUUUCUGCCUCGGGUUUGUCUUCCUGCUGACCCUCUGUGCCGCAUUGGCUCUGGCGCACUCCAACAACGAUGGCUGUCGCUCAAAUAGAGCAAUUAGCACGACCGGCACUACAAACAACACGACGUUCCCGUUCCCGUUGCCGUUGCCAUCCACAUUCUCUCCGCCAGUGGCCUUGGCAUCCAAUGGCACUCAGCUGCUGCUGUCCAGUUUAUAGCCCAAUCCCCGGAGCUCUUGACGAUGCCGCAAUACCAUCCAUGGGAUUACAUCAGCCGCGCUCCCAAUACGCCAGCUGCUGUUUGGCUUUCCGGCAACGACUACGGCUACGGCUUUCCCCACUCCGACUCCGACUACGAGUAUUCCUCCAUUUGCUGACUAAGCGAUAAGCAGUACGGAAUCGAUUGUGUGUGGCUGUGGCUGUGGAUGAUUCGUGUUUGAUUAAAAGCUUACUUUAAUUGUCAUUACUUGCUAUUCAUUUAUAUUUUUAAUAGGUACAAUUAAACACAAGUAAACACU